CUUUUGAGGCCACGAUUCUUCUCUUCCUCUACUUAUCCGCCCCUCUCCACCCUCUUUUUCUCUUCCUCCACUACUACGACAUUGUCUUGACACCCCACUCAGGACAUUCGCUCGUGUACUUUGCUGGAGAGCAAUCGACAUCAUGAAGUACUCACUGGGACUGCUGGGCCUCGCCGCCCUCGCCGCUGCAUCCGAUGUGCACGACCUGACCAAGGACACAUUCGAGGACUUCGUCAAGGAGAACGACCUCGUUCUCGCAGAGUUCUUUGCCCCAUGGUGCGGACACUGCAAGGCGCUCGCGCCCGAGUACGAGGAGGCGGCGACGACGCUCACAGACAAGGCGAUCAAGCUCGCCAAGGUCGACUGCACUGAGCAACAAGAGCUGUGCCAACAAUACGGUGUGGAGGGAUACCCAACACUGAAGGUCUUCAGAGGCCCAGAGAACAUUGCGCCAUACCAGGGCCCACGAAAGGCACAGGCCAUCGUCUCAUACAUGGUCAAGCAGUCUCUGCCGGCUGUCUCGAUCCUGUCUACCGCAGAAGCUCUCGAGGAGUUCAAGACCGCCGACAAGGUGGUCCUCGUUGGCUACUUCGGCGCUGAUGACAAAUCCUCCAACGCCACCUUCACUGAGCUGGCCGAGGAGCUCCGCGACAACUACCUCUUCGCUGCUACUUCUGAUGCCGCUUUGGCCAAGGCUGAGGGCGUCGAGCAACCCGCUGUCGUCCUUUACAAGUCCUUCGAUGAGGGCAAGACCACAUACACUGAGGGCUUCAGCAAGGAUGCUUUGGUCACUUUCGCAAAGACCGCCGCCACUCCAUUGAUUGGCGAGGUUGGCCCUGAGACUUACUCCGACUACAUGAGCUCUGGUCUUCCACUCGCAUACAUCUUCUCCGAGACCGCCGAAGAGCGCGAAUCGCUCGCCAAGGACCUCAAGAAGCUUGCCGAGAAGUUCAAGGGCAAGAUCAACUUCGCUACUAUUGACGCUGAGGCCUUCGGUCAGCACGCUGGCAACCUCAACCUCGAAGUUGGCAAGUGGCCAGCUUUCGCCAUCCAGGACACCGCCAAGAACCAGAAGUUCCCAUACGCUGAGGCUGGUGAUGUCAAGAAGCUCACCGAGAAGCUCCUGAGCAAGUUCGUCGAGGACUACAGCGAGGGCAAGGUCGAGCCAAGCAUCAAGAGCGAGCCUAUCCCAGAGAAGCAGGAUGGUCCAGUCACUAUCGUCGUGGCCAAGAACUACGAGGAGAUUGUCUUGGAUGACAAGAAGGACGUCCUGAUCGAGUUCUACGCACCAUGGUGUGGACACUGCAAAUCUCUUGCACCAAAGUAUGACGAGCUCGGAACUCUCUUCAAGAGCCACUCCGACAAGGUCGUCAUCGCUAAGGUCGAUGCCACCCAAAACGACGUCCCAGAUGAGAUUCAAGGCUUCCCAACGAUCAAGCUCUACAAGGCUGGCAGCAAAGACGCUCCUGUCGACUACUCUGGCGCCCGUACUGUUGAGGACCUCGCCAACUUCGUUCGUGACAACGGCUCCCACGGUGUUGACGUCUCUGACGCCAUCGGUGCUGAUGCUGAGGAUGUUGACACUGAGGGCAUGCCACAACAGGCUGCUGCCGCUACUGAGGCCGCUGAGGGUGUUGCGGACAAGGUCAAGGAGAAGGUCAAGGAGGCUGGUGAGGCUGUCAAGCAGGCCGUCCUCGAUGACGACGAGGUUGCGGACCACGACGAGCUUUAGAUGACUGCUUUUAUGAAAUUGUUUAUUGGCUGGCUGCUUGUACGUAUGCCCUGGUCUAGAGUACGCGGAUGAUUUAGGAUGCUUUGCAAAUACCGCGAGGAAAAUUUCUCAAUCAGUAUACGAUACUUCUAGUGUAUCUUGGUGCAGCUCAGCCUUUCCUUUCCACAGCCUGGCUUCGUGCUCACAUCGUGUCCGCCAUCUCCGCUUGUACCAUGUGCCUCAUGGUUGAGCGGUUUCCAAAUGCAACCACUCUGGGCCGAUAGGUAGGAGGCAUGAAACAUACCGCCCGCACCUGGCGGCAUUCAAUGCAGCCAAAUGUCUUCUGGUCCUCCACCGCAUCAUGUGAUUCUCACGCCAGGCGUGAUUUAUGCUUCAGUACUUGAGCAUUGCAUGCCGCGCCAUGCUUGCAUUCUCCACCGAGC